AUUACAGUGGAGUGAAGUAUUGCAUAAAUACCGCACGUACCGAAUAUUAUUUUCAUCAGUUGCUGAGUAACGCUAACAAGUACCGUUUAAAAAUUUAUGUUCAAUUGUUAUAAACGAAAUGGCUCCAACAUUGUACGAUAUCCCAUCAAGUCCCCCAUGCAGAGCUGUUUAUCUUUUACUGAAGGCAGCUGGUUUGCAAGCUAAUUUCAAAACUCUAGACGUCCUUGGAGGAGAACACAAAAAACCCGAAUUUACCAAGAUUAAUCCUCAACAGACUGUCCCAACGUUGCAAGAUGAUGACGGAUUUGUUAUUUCGGACAGUCAUGCAAUAAUGGUCUACCUAAUGGAAAGGUAUGGCAAAAAUAAUUCCUUAUAUCCAAAUUGUCCCAAAGCACGGGCAGUUAUAAACCAAAUGCUUCAUUUUGAUAGUGGAAUCCUGUUUCCCAGAUUGCGUGCUUUAACGAUAAAAAUUUUCUUCCACAAUAGUAAGGAAAUUCCACAAGAAAAACUUGAUGACAUAAAACAAGCAUAUGCUUGGGCGGAAGCCUUUUUGCAAAACAAAAAUUAUUUCGCUGGCGACAAUUUAACGAUUGCAGAUUUUAGCAUCGUAUCAACUAUUACAAGUCUGAUGUUCUUUGUACCCUUGACUUCAUCUAAUUAUCCAAAAUUGCAUGCCUGGCUGAAGAGGAUGGAAAGCCUUCCGUAUUACAAGGAGGCAAAUCAAGAUGGUACAGAUCAGCUCUAUCAAUCAUUGAAGCAGAAAUUACAAAGUUACAUGGCUCCAAUCUUAUACCAAAUUGCCGGAAGUCCUCCGUGCAGGGCUGUAUUUCUAUUGGCCAAAGCAACUAAUUUUAAUUUGGUUUAUAAACGAGUCAAUCUGCUUGUUGGAGAACACAAAACGCCCGAAUUCACAAAGCUUAAUCCUGAACAAAUCGUUCCCACUCUUCAAGAUGAUGAUGGAUUUGUUAUGUGGGAUAGCCAUGCUAUUAUGAUAUACCUUUUAGACAAAUAUAUCAAAAAUGAUUCUCUAUACCCAAAAGAUCCUCAAAAGAGGGCGAUUGUCAACCAAAGACUAUUUUUUGAAAGUACCAUUCUGUUCCCAAGAAUGCGUGCAUUAACCAUAAAAAUUGUUCAACGGGGAAGCAAAGAAGUACCCCAAGAAAAACUUGAAGACAUCGAAGAAGGAUAUCACUGGGCUGAAGCAUUCCUAGAGAAAACGGAUUAUUUUGCUGGAAAUGAAUUAACAAUCGCCGAUUUCAGUAUAGUAUCUACCGUUACAAGCUUAAUGUAUUUUGUGCCGCUUACUCCUUCUAUUUAUCCUCGCAUGUGUACGUGGCUCAAGAGAAUGGAAAGUCUUCCAUAUUAUAAAGAAGCUAAUCAAAAAGGCACUGAGGAAUUUUAUGAAUUGUUGAACAGUAAAUUACAAAAAUAAUACUAUUAAUUUCACUUAUCAAGCAAAUUAUGCGCUCGAGAUACACAUAUAAUUCAUUAAGACAUUUGCUCAAAUAAAACUUAAAUUUAAUAUGUUAAUAAAUAAGUUGUUUUCUCCUAAAAGUAUGUACCUAUAGAUGUAGGAUAUCAAUUUAUUUAACGAUAAUAAGUACUUGCAAAUUAUUUGAAUAAACAGUAUUUUUUAAUAAAAUA